CACCCCUUCCUUCCCAUUCCUCGGAGAGUGGAGGUCUAGAGCAGAGGAGCACCGAAUCCAAGGUCGAGGCGAAGAAGGGAAAAUCGCACGAAUAAAAAUUCAAAAAAAAGGGGAGGAAAGAAAAAAAAAAAGAAGGAAAACCUGAAUCCCCUUGCGGCUCGUGCUUCUCCUCCUCCCCCUCCCCCUCCCCCUCCCCGAGGCAAAUCCUUCCUUCCUUCCUUCCUUCUCCCCCUCGCGAUCCUCACGCGCCUUCCUUUCUCUAGGGGAGGCGGCCGGCGAGAUCUGCCCGCGCCGCGCGCCUGCCCGCGCUGUGGUGAGGGUUUUGUCGCGUGAUGGCGUCGUCGGGGAAGAUGGAGGGGCCGUCGGCGCCGGCGCUGCGGCGGGACCCGUACGAGGUGCUCUCCGUGCCCAGGGACUCCUCCGACCAGGAGAUCAAGUCCGCCUACCGCAAGCUCGCGCUCAAGUAUCACCCUGACAAGAACGCUAGUAACCCCGAAGCAUCAGAGCUCUUCAAAGAGGUUGCAUAUUCAUAUAGUAUCUUGUCAGAUCCUGAGAAACGGAGGCAAUAUGAUACUGCUGGUUUUGAGGCAUUGGAGAAUGAAGGAAUGGACAUGGAGAUUGACUUAUCUAAUCUUGGAACUGUGAACACAAUGUUUGCUGCACUUUUCAGUAAGCUGGGUGUUCCAAUCAAGACCACAGUAUCUCCUAAUGUUCUUGAAGAAGCUAUGAGUGGAACAGUUACAGUGAGACCACUUCCAGUUGGAUCAUCAGCAACGGGAAAGGUUGACAAGCAAUGCGCUCAUUUUUUUGGUGUAACAAUAAGUGAAGAACAAGCCCAGUCAGGCAUUGUGGUCAGAGUCACCUCAGCCGCACAAAGUAAAUUUAAGCUUCUUUUCUUCGAACAAGAAAUUAAUGGAGGUUAUGGACUAGCUCUGCAGGAAGAUAGUCAAAAGACUGGCAAGGUGACAUCUGCAGGCAUGUAUUUCUUGCAUUUUCAAGUGUAUCGUAUGGAUUCCACAGUCAAUGCGUUGGCAAUGGCGAAGGAUCCUGAGGCUGCAUUCUUUAAAAGGUUGGAAGGUCUCCAACCAUGCGAAGUGUCGGCUCUCAAACCUGGAACUCAUAUAUUUGCUGUAUACGGUGACAAUUUUUUCAAGCCAGCUAGCUAUACAAUUGAAGCAAUGUGUGCAAAGAGUUAUGAAGAUACAACACAGAGGCUAAAGGAAAUAGAGUCUAAAAUUCUAGAGAAGAGAAAUGAUCUGCGCCAAUUUGAAACCGAGUACAGAAAAGCUUUAGCACGGUUUAAAGAAGUGACCGACAGAUAUACCCAAGAAAAAGAAGCGGUUGAUGACAUGCUAAGAGAAAGGGAUGACAUCCAUUGCUCUUUCACAACCGAACGAACUAUUGUGAACUCUGUUGGAGCUGGUAGCAGUAGUAGAUACCCCGCUGAAAGUCCCGAGAAUGGUAAUGUAGAUGGUAAAGAUAAAUCAGGUAAAAAGAAGUGGUUCAAUUUGAAUCUCAAUAGAUCUGACAAGAAAGCCUGAGUAAUCUUUCAUCAAAGUGCGUCCACUGUUGUACAUUUCAGAAGCCCUAUUGUAUUUGUGCGUUGUGAUCUAUACCGUUACCAAUUCUUGGGAGUUUUGUAGCGUUAGCAGUUUUGGAUACAUCAUGAAAGCCAUGUAUUAUCCUUCUUUAAAUUCCAUGUUCCCGUCUUCCAUUUCUUCCA